AUGCUUUUCCGGGACAGUGUUCCUAAAAUGAGCGAUCUUUCCUUUGAUGCUUCUAAUUCUAAUGUUGAUACGUUCAUAUCAGCGAAUAUUCCAUCAGUAAUUAAAUUACCAGUAUUGAUACCUGCCGAAAAUACACCUGCAGAAGAAAGUAGCCCGUUAUUUAAAUAUGAUUGUUCACAACAUGGCACGAUAACACUUGAAAGGCUAAAUACACUUCGAAAACAACGUCAAUUAUGCGAUGUUGUACUCACUGUUGAGGGCCAGGAAAUAUUUGCACAUCGUUCAGUGCUAUGUUGUCACAGUCGAUAUUUCAUGGAAUUAUUUUUAAAUGAUGAAGCCAUAACAAACGAUUCAACAAAAAAACAAAUUUAUUAUCAGUUGGAUGGGCUUGAAUAUGGAGCCGUGAAAGAAUUAAUCAGAUUCAUGUAUCAUGGCAGGUAUGAAAUGUUCUAAAGGACGGGAUUAAAAAUCCUCGAGAAAUCAGUCCUUCCUGCAUCGUUUUUUUGCUGCAGAUCGAUAGAGAAUUCAAUUUUAUGCAGAUCUACAUAUUUAUUUAACUUUACACAAAAGUUUU